UAAAGACGAGCAGAAGUUGAGUGUUAAAUCGCAACCAGCUCGGAGCUCUCUUGGGAGAAAAUUAGAACAAAAACUACAGGAAGGGAGCGAUGAUAUGACGAAAGGAUCUCCUACCUGGUUCCCGCUUCUAAGUGUGCAAAUCGCCUCACGCUUCCACAGCUAAUAAGAUAAGCCUACCAUGGCCAAAGAAGAUACUUCAUGGGAUAUAACUCCCAAGGAUAUGAAGAAGGCGAUUGCCCAGGAAAAAUACCAGGAUGAUUGCCUUGCUUGUAAGGUUACAGGAAGUUUGGCUUUUAUCGGACUCGGCGUAUAUAGCUACAUCUCCGGCAUGAACAAUCUCACGAAGCAAGAAAAAGUCAUCCUGAAGAGCAAGUCUCCGUAUAGAAUGGGUUCAAGACGGCUAGGCAUUGCGACGAUAUCGGCGACGCUGGUUGGGAUGGGGAUAUGGCGUGCUCUUCACUGAAACCGAAAGGAAAUGCGAUACCACUCCAUUACGCGAUGUUUGUUGGACGUUGCUCGAAGACGAUUGUGUUGCAUGACAGGACAGGGAGACUGGAUGUCCAUGGGAACAUUUGUCUCCUUGUGAGGCUAUAAGAUAACCUUGUGGCUCUGAAUGGAGGAUAUGAUUUGUAUACAUGAAUUUAGUUAAAGAGCUCAUAUCAUCUGGUCAUGGGUAUCUUGAUUGGAUGCUAUCUAUGUAAUGUAUGAAAAUGCUAGAAUACUGACUCCGUAAAUGCUUCUAAUCAUGAUAUGACCUUUGGGUUGGCCGUUGGAAACAAAAGGGACAAUGAGCCAGAAGAAAGGGUAUGUGGGGAUGUGGGGAUAAAGACUAAGCUAAAUGACAAAAGGGUCGAACAACAAGACAAGCAAAGAGCAGAAAGAAAAGAAAGCAAAACAAAAAGUAAAAGUAAAUGAAAACCAUAAUAAUGCUCCGUCGUUAUCAUCCCAUCCCAAGGAAUUCUGUCUAACCCAAUAUUAUGCCCCCAAAUGACG